AUGUCGCUCAACAAGUACGUCACCCUCAACGACGGCAACAAGAUCCCCCAGAUCGGCCUCGGCACUUGGCUCUCCAAGCCCGGUGAGGUCGCCAAUGCCGUCGAGGUCGCUGUCAAGGCCGGCUACCGCCACCUCGACCUCGCCCGCAUCUACCAGAACCAGGAGGAGAUCGGCGGCGCCUUCAAGAAGAUCAUCCCCUCGGUCGUCAAGCGCGAGGAGCUCUUCAUCACCUCCAAGCUCUGGAACAACUCGCACCGCCCCGAGAACGUCCAGGCCGCCUACGAAGAGACGCUCCAGCAGCUCGGCCUCGACUACCUCGACCUCUACCUCAUCCACUGGCCCGUCGCCUUCAAGCCCGGUCAGGACCUCGUCCCCAAGAUCGCCGACGGCAAGCAGACCGACAUUGACCGCGAGGUCUCGAUCGUCGACACCUGGAAGGCGCUUAUCGAGCUCCAGAAGGCCGGCAAGGUCAAGUCGAUCGGCGUCUCCAACUUCACCCAGAACGACCUCGACGCCAUCAUCAACGCCACCGGCGUCGUGCCCGCCGUCAACCAGAUCGAGGCUCACCCUCUUCUGCCCCAGGACGACCUGGUCGCCUACUCCAAGGCCAAGAACAUCCACCUCACCGCCUACUCGCCCCUCGGCAACAACCUCAGCGGCAAGACCAAGAUUGUCGACUACCCGCAGGUGUCCGAGGUGGCCAAGAAGUACAACGCCGACCCGGCGCAGGUGCUCAUCGCCUGGGGCGUCAAGCGUGGCUACUCGGUCAUCCCCAAGAGCGUCACCGAGUCGAGGAUCAAGUCCAACUUUGAGCAGAUCGAGCUCAAGGACGAGGACUACGAGACCGUCACCAGCCUGUACAAGGAGCUCGGCAAGGUGCGCUUCAACAUCCCCUACACCUACGCACCUCAGUGGGACAUCAACAUCUUUGGCGAGGAUGCAGAGAAGCCCGCCAAGCUCACCGUCAAGACCCAGUAA